GAUUUUGACAGGUGCUCGCUCCUGCUUUGAUUUUCAAUAGUGAAAUAGAUUGCCCAUCUCAAAUAUAAAUCAGAGGUUUGAUUCAGUUUUUGAAAGCUACAUACAAAACUUUUUUUUGAUGUUACUGUGUAUUAAAAAUCAGCUUUGAAAAAACCUAGCCAAUUGCGUGCUAAUUGCUUUACUCAAAGUGCCAGUAAUAAGUGGAAAACAGGUCAAGUAUUCGUUCACGUCGGAUCUCUCAUCCCUAUUACAUUAUUCCCCAAAUCCCUAUCCUGUCACUCUUCAUUGUCAUUGUCAGUGUCAGCUGUGUCAUGGAAUGAAAAUAUAAAUAAAAAUAGGAGUGUGAUUACUGUGAUUUCUUUAAAAAAGAUUGGUUUAAAUCAAGUGUUAUAUGUUUAUCAAGAUUUUCUGUAAUUAUCAAUAGUUUAACAACUCAAGAUGUCGAUAGAAAUAUUACAAGCUGAUGCAAAGGCAGCGGUAGCAAAGCUGGCUUCACUCAGCAAUGAUGAAUUGGAUGAAAUUAUGAACUCAGAUGAGAAAAUAGAGGAGAUUUUGAAGGAGUUGGAGCAGUCUUACUUGAAAGAAAUAGAAAAUGAAAAAGAGACUAUCAUGGCCAGCAAUCAUUCACUUGCAGAGUACAAUCUUUCCAAAGAACCAGAGCUGGUGGAGUUAAGGGAAAAGGUGCAAGAGCUGUCAGAGCAAGGGGAGGAACUGACCAAAAGUGUUGAUGAAAACAUGAAAAUAAUCAAAGAGAAAGGUGGUGACAUGUCUCUAGAGACUGCCCUAGCUUUACUUCGCACUGCAGCUAGUGAAAUGGAAGAAGAAUCCGAUAAAAUAGCACAGAAAUUCCUGGACAAUGAAACUGAUCUGGAUGACUUCUUGGAGCAGUUCUUAGUGAAGCGUAAAUUAAUGCAUACGAGACUAGUGAAGGCAGAAAAGCUCUCCAAACUACUACAGCGUGACCCGUCUCUGAGCAACAUCCCCAAUUACAUUAACUCCCCACCACUGAACAUCAAUACCAACUACAUUCCUGGAGUGCCUCCUGUAAGUCCUCCAGCCAUGCACCAGGGCGUGCCUUAUCCCACUGGUCCCUUUAACAUGCCCAUGCCACCAGCUAUGAAUUAUUUCCAGAACCACUAUUAAGGAAUCAGAAGUGGGAUUGAACUUCUAUAUACAGAGUGUCCCAUAAAAUUGAUGUAAAUGGAUGAAAUUGGUUACGAGUCUUGAAAAUCUAUGUUUUUCGAUGCAACAGUUAUCUUUUCCAAGACAGUUGUCCUUUGACUACACUCAGAAUAAAAGUAAUUUGUUCACGUGAAGAAAUCCUGUUAAUGUUGCCUUGAAAUAUAUUACAUCAGACAACAAAAGCUUCUUAAUAUAACAAGUUGACAAUUCUUCCCAAGACCUAAUGCAUCUUCUCACCUUGAGAAAAGAAAAACCUAGCAAUAGUGUUACUGAAAUAGCACACUCUGGGACACCCUGUAGCUUUACAGUUUUAUAAAUAUCCACAUAAAUUAUUAUGCACGUAUUAAAGUGAUGUUAUUUGUUAUUGUACAAACUCAAUUAUUUAAGUUUAUAUCUUGAAAUCAUAAAAACACUUGUUGCCAUCAUUUAAUCUUAGAAUAGUUAUAAAUAUGUUAUGGGCACCAGUUGUCAGUAGUUACUUCUAUUAUAAAUAAAACGAUUUUAAACUAAGUAUUGUAUUGAGACAAAAUGGUCAUUCAGUGGGUUUAUAAGGAUAUUUGAUUUCAUAUGAAGAAGUUGCUGUGAAAAUAAUCUGCAAAUGGAUCUGCUUUCAUGUUUGUGUACAUGAAGAAAUUGAUGUAAAAAUAAUCUGCAAAUUAAUUCCACAUGAAGGAUGUGAUGUGAAUUUUUGAAAUAAAGAAUUAUAAUCAAUGA